AUGGAGAAGCGAUCGCUGCCGCUGAAUUUCUACUGCCGGAGCGCCAGGCUGCUGCUCAAGAAGGCCACGUUUUCCAGGAAAUCCAACUUGCUGGCCGAGGAGCUCCGGCAUCUCAAGAAGUUUACCACGCUUGCGUUCUCGGUGAUUCCUUCGCAUCCCGAGUAUGAGGACGAGAAGGGCAGGAAGCUUGCCGAGGACUUGGAGGACUACAUGGAUGAUGUCCGGGAGAGGAUAGAAGAGCUCGAGGAGGAGCUCACGUCAACUAGCUCCUUGGCAGGUUACAGGAAGUCGGGAUCUUUCAAUCGCAAGGAGCUUGUUGCAAGGCAUGAGAAGAAUGUUGGCAAGAGACAGCACGUAUGGGCGAGGUUUGUUCGAAAGCUUUAUGAUGCGGCUCCAUGCUUCUCAGGGAGGCUGAAGAAACGACCACCGCAACCUCUGGCGGGGCAGCUUUCAGGGAGCCGCUCGUCGAAGGAGUCAAGCUCUCGCUUCUUGUAUAACGUGGCAGAAGUAGCCUCGCUUUCUUCAGAUGGUCAAGUUAGUGAUGAUAUGCAAGAUGAGCAACGGGACGAGCGCGUACCUGAUAGGAGUUUGAAGAUCACGGCUUCCAACGAGAUAACGCUGGACAUUAGAAGGAAAGUGGAGAGGCAUGAUACAGCAUCGUUGGACACCGAGAGCACAACGAGAACUCAGCUCAUGCAACAGAUAGCAGAGGCUACAAACUUGAGUCUCGAGGGAAGAUUCUUGAACCUCCAGACCAUAGUCAUGCAGUUGAGGGACUCGGUGGAAGGGCUGAGGUCACGGGUCGAGGAAGAAGGCAAAAGGUGGAGAGGGAGGGCGGAGACUUUGGAAAGGAAGCUGAAGCUCAUGAAGGAUGAAACAGAGAAUGAUUUUUCCGCGCUUAAGCGUCAGGUGGAAGAGGAUAUGAAGAAAGCAUGCGGGGUGUCUGGGGAAGAUCAGGAACUGCGGAAGAAAGCGAACGUGAAACAAAAGUUUGAAGACAUGAUGCAAACAUCUUCGGGAGAGGUUGAAGAGUUUAGGACACAGGUGAAUCAGUUUGUUACACAGACGCAAAAGAUGCUUACGCUGGGGCUGGAGGAGCGGUUUCUGGAUUCCUUGAGUGAAGUAAGAACGGAUCUCAAGAACGAUAUCAGCAAUCUAGAAAUCGGUUUCUCCAAAGACGUUGAUAAUCUUCGACAGGAAAUGGCUUCUCGAUACGAGUCGAUGCUGAUCGACGUCGAGAUGGGAAGAAUAGGUGGCCAGCAACAGAUCAACACUCUAAAGAAACAAAGGUUUGAGAAGGGCGCACAAGCGGCACCGGCACCGAAUGAUGUGACUAAGCGGGUGGAUACUCUGCGCGCUGAUGUUACCUCAUUGCACAAGAACUUCGAAAGGCUUUGCGAUGACCAGAAGUUUGAAAAGCUGCAACUCCGGAAGCAGCUGCAGUGCUCCAGGCAAGAGGUUAUGGAAGCGAGGGUCGACACCGAAGUGUGGAUAAAAGAAUGCGAGGUUCAAGUGAAAGAAUUCAGGCACGACUUGAUAGAGCUAAGAGGAGAACAAGAGGAGAUGAAGGUGGACGUCGAAGUUCUAAAGAGGCAGCAGUCAGAAAUGGAGUAUCCCAGGCGGAGGUCUUUUGACGAGAAAUAUGAAGGUUCGGGUACGGGACUGCCAGUGGAAUUUGCCAGCAAUCUCCUGAUGGUGGAAAAGGUUGAGAAGUUUUCGAAGCUUUACACCGGUUGCUUAGAGGACUUGCGGACAAGGCUGUGCAAGAUAGAGUCAGCUCAAGAUUGCAUAGGCGAUCUCCAGACCAGAGUAUACAGGUUGGAAGCUGCUGAGCAGACGUUAUCGACAACUCCAGGCGAUACUAUGGCUUUGAUUGAACGGGAGAGAUCUCUGGCAACUUCAGCUGCCACAGAUGCUAUUGCAGCAGCCUCGCGGACAAAAGAGAUGCUGCAGGAAACGUUUGGGACGUUUCUCUCACAGAUUGUCAGUGCUAAAGGGAAGGCCAGCGGGAGAGACGUGGUCGAGCUGUCCGGUGAUGAACCAAAGCAAGAACGCCACCUGAAGACCACCGUGCAGCGUCUGAAUCGUCAGAUGAAGGAAGUCUUCGAGAGGUUGACAAGCGUUUCCUGCGGGAAGACACCAGGAGGUGGCAAGAAACUUUCAAAGGCUGGGACAAAGAAGGAACUCAAGUCCAGCAGCGAGGUUUUUAUGCCAAGUGUGACAAGCAUCGAGAACAAGAUUAAAGCCGCGGCAGGGAUCAUGAGCCAGAUGAACGACCGGAUUCACAGGCUAGAGACCGUGCAGCAGGGCCUCAGCCGGUCCAUCGACGACGCUCGCAAAGGAAACCAGGCGCUGAGGAAAGCUGCCAACUUCUGGCUGCCAAGGUACGAGGCAACCGCGAAACUGGUGAUGGAAAUCAGCGGCAGGCUGGCUUCGAUCGAGCAACGAAAGCCCUUGACAGAUAUGAUGGAUCCAAGCUCGGAGCAGCAGAAAGCAGCCGGUAUCACUACAAAGCCGGGCUUGGGCAUGGAGACCACUGACAGAUUGCUUGCGCUGGAGAGCCGGGUGGAUCACAUCGCUUCCGCAACGUACGCAAACCUGAGGCUGCUAGAUGCCAAAGUCGAGCACGCCAGCAUUGGCAUGAGAUCAGCACUGGACAUCGCCACCGAGACGGAAGACAAGUGCAGCUCUCUGGGAGGAGAGCUCGUCAAAGUCUUCCGGCUCAUCCUCACUGCACGAGAGAGCCCGACGACGAGAAAGCCCGACUCGCCACCGCUUUGUCCUCCCGAGCGGGGGCCUCAAGAACGAGCAAAGUCUCCAGCAAAGUCUCCCGGUGGUGCUAGAUCUCCUCCCCCUCCAGCCGCAAGGUCUCCAGCUCCAGCGAAGUCGCCAGAAUCAAGGAAUCAAACGCAGACGCAGCAGCUCUACAACCCGUUACCAGCCAAGCCCGUGAAACGCAUCAGCCUCAAGUUCGGAGACCAAGGCAACAUCUUCACCAACGCUCCAAGAUAGUUUCUAUACAUAUACAUGUAUUGAACAGCUCCAUCUCCAACUUCCAUGGAUCUUCUUUCUGAUCAAUGAAAAUUCUCGGGAGGCUAAGAAAGAGAAGCGAAGAGAAGAAAGAAAAAUACCAGGCCUUUCGAAUGGAUGGAAUGAAAGAAUGGUAUACGAGGAAAA